GUAAUUAUUUCGAUGUUUUCUCAAGUCCUAUCUGUGGGGAUGAGGCUCUUAUUCUGAAAACAACCCCGCCGGAAGUCGCGCUCUUUCCUUGUUUCCUUUUUUUCCUUUUCUUUAUUUCUUUUUUUUUGUGUCGCUUGACAGCAGGCUGCCGAGAGGAAGCGGUCGCUCAACCGGAUUCGACCGUCGCUUUUACGGUUUUGCCUUCAAAUACGAGUUCGCUUACGCGGGUAGGACGCUCACAAAGACCCCGUGCUUCGGCUGAAAACCCGCCAGGAAGCUCCGAGAUGGCGCAGGAAAACAUUUUCUUCUUCGUUCCCAAUUUGAUCGGUUACGCCCGUGUGGUGCUGGCCCUGGUGUCCUUCUACCUGAUGCCCUGCUGCCCGUGGCCGGCGGUCUUCUGCUACCUGCUCAGCGCUCUGCUCGACGCCUUCGACGGCCACGCCGCGCGGGCGCUGAAUCAGUCCACCAAGUUCGGAGCCAUGAUGGACAUGUUGACGGACCGCUGUGCCACCAUGUGCCUGCUGGUGAACCUGUCCCUGCUCUACCCCUCCUACACCUUCCUGUUCCAGCUCAGCAUGUGCCUGGACAUCGCCAGCCACUGGCUGCACCUGCACAGCUCUACGAUAAAGGGAUCAGCCAGUCACAAGAUCAUCGACCUCUCCGGCAACCCCGUCCUCCGGAUCUACUACACGUCCAAGCCGGUGCUGUUUGUGAUGUGCGCCGGGAACGAGCUCUUCUUCUGCCUGCUCUACGUUCUCCAUCACAUCCCGGAACCUGCCGCCUGGCUCUACUGGCUGCAGGGACUCUGCGGGACCAUCUGCCUGAUGAAGUCCGGCAUCAGCCUCCUGCACCUCGUCACCGCCUCGCAGAACAUGGCCGCCCUGGACGCCGCCGAGCGAGAGAAACCCGCCAAGAAGCAGUGAGAGGUCGGGAGGGUCAGGAGGGUCAGGAGGGGCCGGUGAGAACUGAGAGUUCAGCAACAAAUCCACCAUGGUUUUAUUUAUUAUUGUUUCCUAAAGGGGGACGGGAGACUUCGUGGACUGCUGACUUGAACUGAAGUGACUUAAAUAAGAUGUGAAACGCAGUGAACAGUUUAUCAGACGAUCACCACAAAGAUUUAUUUAUUUUUUUAUGACCAAGUAUCACGACAUGAAAAAUUCCAAAUCCAGGCAGGAUGAGGCUGAAACAUCUGGAUUAGUGGAUUCUUUACCUUUUUACAGCAGAAAAGGAAAAAAGAAAAGAUUCAUAUUUUCUAAAGUAAAUUGUUCUGUGCUCUGAUUUAUUUUACAAGCAGACAGUGACGAUAUAUCACGAUUUAAACUGGGAAUUGUGGUUUGGCUUUACCACAAAAUCUCCAUAUCCCAAUAGAAACGGAUAUUGUGACAUAAAAUGGCAUUUAUGGCCUCAGAGGAUUUCUUCCAUAUCACUUAGUGCUAAAGGUGUCCAUGGUUAGACUGUCAGGGACCUCUCUGGCCCCAGUUUGUGCCUCUCUG